CGUUCCCCGACGGCGUCCGGGAGGGGGGGAACGGUGGAGUGACCCAGCCAAGCGCUGCGCAGUCGACUCUGACUGGGGAGCGAGAGGGAGGCUCAGGGUUUGCAGCGCGGAGCGAAAACAGAGCCAACUGGGAGCUCCAGGACCAGCAGGAUGGGGUCAGCCUGCAUCAAAGUCACCAAAUACUUUCUCUUCCUCUUCAACUUGCUCUUCUUUAUCCUGGGCGCAGUGAUCCUAGGCUUUGGGGUGUGGAUCCUGGCCGACAGGAGCAGUUUCAUCUCCGUCCUGAAGACCUCUUCCAGCUCCCUCAAUGUGGGGGCCUACAUCUUCAUUGGUGUGGGAGCAGUCACCAUGCUCAUGGGCUUCCUGGGCUGCAUCGGUGCCGUCAAUGAGGUCCGCUGCCUGCUGGGGCUGUACUUUGCCUUCCUUCUUCUGAUCCUCAUUGCCCAGGUGACUGCCGGGAUCCUCUUCUACCUCAACAUGGGCAAGCUGAAGCAGGAGAUGGGCAGCAUCGUGGCCAACCUUAUUCGGAACUAUAACAGCAGCCACGAGGACAGCCUGCAGGAGGCCUGGGACUACGUGCAGGCCCAGGUGAAGUGCUGUGGCUGGAUCGACUUCUACAACUGGACAGACAAUGCAGAGCUCAUGAAUCACACUGAGGUCACCUACCCCUGCUCCUGCGAAGACAAGAAGGACAAUGACAGCGUCUUCCUAAGGAAGGGCUUCUGCAAGGCUCCCGGCAACGAGACCCAGAGCGGCAACAUCCCUGAGGACUGGCCUGUGUACCAGGAGGGCUGCAUGAAGAAGGUGCAAGCGUGGCUGCAGGAGAACCUGAGCAUGAUCCUCGGCGUGUGCGGGGGCAUCACCAUCAUCGAGGUCCUGGGGAUGCUCCUGUCCAUCUGCUUGUGCCGGCACGUCCAUUCUGAAGACUACAGCAAGGUCCCCAAGUACUGAAGCAGCUGCUGUCCCCACCUCUUCCCCCAUCCCCUGGCAUCAGGGUUCCCAGGGGUCUCCCUGGCCCCUCCUCCAGGCCCACCUCCCACCUCACUGCCAAGGGCCCUUGUGCUGAUGGGAAGUGGGAGCAUUCUGGGCCUGGCCUUUGUCCCUGCCUUUCUGCUGCCAGCCUUGAGUGAGGGCUGCUGUGUGGCCCCUCCACUCACUGCCUCCCAGGGUUCUCUUAGCAUCUCAGAGAAACACCCCUGUGGCAUGGGCUGGGCUGUACCUGCCAUUGAGGCUGUGUGUAUUGUAUAGGGGAGCAUGUACUAAAAAUUGGGGGAGGUAUCAGGGGACUACCCACUGGGUGGGUCAACUUUUUUCUUGCUGUGACACUUAUGUCUUUUUUUUUCACAUUUUUAUUGAAGGUAGGAUUUACCUGACAUUAGGGGCAGCAGCCAUUCCCCAGGCCUGGUGCAGCCCCAUCUGGACAGCUCAGAUCACCCUGGGCCACGCCAUGGGGGCAGCACCUAAGUGAGCUAAGCCGAAGAGGGUCUAGGUGAUGGCAUCUUGCCUGGCCCUGGGGGCCUGGCAGAGAGCUGGCCCUGCAUUUUCCAGGAUCCUGAGCUCUCCAAGGAAGGAGGAAAGGAGGAGGAGAGUGCCUUCUCCUGGGAGAAGCUGGGCUGGCCUAUCUCAGCAAACUGUCCUCUGGCCCCUGGGGAGUGGGUGGCUGAGGCUGUGCCUUAUGGGAAAGUGGGGAGGGGGCUCUGUGUGCAUAAUUGUGUAAAAAAUGUUCAGGAUUCUACAACUGACUAUUAAAGAGGCUUUGUAACAAUCCA